AGCCCGGGCAGCCGAUUGCCGAGCGAAGAUUCUCCUCGAUUGCAGAAGGGCUUCCUUCCCCAGGAGUUUACAGUGCCAGGAAUACAGGAUUAUCAACGCUGGCUGGGGGAUUCUGGGAGUUGAAGUCCACCCAUCUUCAAGCUUCCAAGGAUUAUGGGAGCUGCUGCCCCGCAGGCAAGGCCGGGUGCAAAGAGGGUGCUGAGAGCUGCUCUUUAUUUUACAUUCUGAGGAUGGACUUCAUUACAUCGUGCGAGUUGUUGUUUCAAUCCAUUAUUUUCCAAAGUUAACCACGUUAAGAUAAAUUCCACUUGAAGAGAGAGUUAUGAAUAAAAUGGUUGCACAAACUCAUGGAGUUGUAAAGAAAAGGUAUUACGAAGAUGAGAAAACUGAAGGAGAGAACCGGAAGGCUAAAAGAAAGAGGAAGGUUGAGAAAAAUGACAUUCCCUCAAAUCAUCAGAAAAUUAAAGUUUCUAGUGAAGUGAAGACACCCUGUUUGUCUACUCGAAUGUUUGGAGAAGGCCAAAUCAGCUGUGAGCAACUGUGCGAAUUCCUCAAGUAUGCCACACAGGGAAAACAUCACAAUGUCACUCAGCCCAGUUGGUGUCGUAUCCACCACCAAAGGCACGUGGCUGGUGUCAUGGUGGUAAUUUUACAUCACGUGGAUCAGCUCCAUUUCUACCGGUACUACCUGCAGUUCAAGCACCUCCGAAAGACCUUCAAACACCGUUUUUCUCUGCCUGCCAUUUCUGGUGAUUUUAUCAAAAAACUUGGUGGAUUGGAUACAAGCGAUCAUCAACAGCUCAGCAGGAAAGAUGGGGAUGAAGUUCCCAUAAUUCAGAAGCACGCAGAAAAGUCCCGUCUCUCAAGUUAUAUUUUAACUCGCGAGGAGAUGCGUGUCUAUGAUUACCCUGUAGAAGGUUAUGGCGACCGCAGCCAUUUUGUCCCGACUCUCUGCAACGGCCCGGUUACGGAUAGCAGCCCCCUCUUUGGACUGGAUUGCGAAAUGUGUUUCACCGAUAAAGGGUCAGAACUCACCCGAAUUGCCGUGGUGGACACUGCCGGUCAGUGCGUUAUGAACGAGCUUGUCAAGCCAAGACGGCCAGUCAGGAAUUACCUUACCUGUUACUCCGGCAUCACGGAGGACCUGCUACGCCCCGUACAAACCACCCUCGCAGAAAUCCAGAGCCGAUUAAAGGAUAUUCUGCCUCCGGAUGCCAUUUUAGUGGGCCAUUCCUUAGAUGCUGAUCUCCGAGCUCUAGAAAUGAUUCACCCGAACGUUAUCGACACUUCGCUUCUCUACGCCCGGAAAGGGGGCAAAAGGUUCAAACUGAAAUUUUUAGCAGCUGCUGUUUUAGGGAAAGAAAUUCAGAACAAGGCCCAGUUGGGUCACGAUCCCACCGAAGACGCCCAGUGCGCCCUUGAACUGGCCCAGUACUUCAUUGAACAAGGACCCAGGAAAGUUGCAGAAUUGAAUCUGGAAGCCAGAUUGUCCGAGCAAAGGAAGAUGGAAGAGAUAGAGACUGUCAGGGUCAAGGCGGAACAAAGAGACGGGAUCCAGACAGGGGUACCAAACUCCAGCCUUUUAGACAACUUACAGCCCGCCAGUGAAAAAACGUUGCUUCCGGGAGAACAAAAUAAUGCUCAGAAUCAGACGGCUUCCUUAAAUGAGGAAAUUCUCCAGAAAGCCCUGGAAGAGAUUCCUAAAUCUCCCGUUAACAUCAUUCAAUUGGUUUUGGAUUCGAAGCACCUCACAGCUGACCUCCAUGCGGAAACCAUUUCAAAGAUGAGGGCCAAGCUUUCGGACCUGCUGACCGUCUACGUGGGCCCUUUGACCAAAGACGUUUGUCUGAAGACUGUGAACAAAGCUUUUGGGAAAUGCGGCCACAUUCAGACGAUCCGGGUCAUUUCAGAAACGUUUAAGCCCCAUCUCUGUAUCCAAUAUGAAGUGUUGGAAGGGGCACAACUGGCUUUGGAAGACCUGAACGGAGCAGAAAUUGGAGGAUCGGCCCUCAAGGUUCAAAGGCCCAUCACCGAGAUGACUCUUGAUGGUGAGAUGCUAUUGCAAGAGCUGGAAAGAGAUCCCGAAAACCAAAGCAUCCUGUACUUGGCCGGAUUGAGGAAAUGCCAAGGGGAGACGGAGCUGCAAGAACAGCUGGGCCCUUUGAAAGGUUUACGCUCCAUUUUUUGGCCAAGAGAUCGCCAGACUGGAAAACAGAGGGAUUACUGCUUUCUGAGAUUCCAGGGCCCGGAGUGCGCCUGCGAGGCCCUCCAAAUCCUCCAAGGGAGCCCCUUUCGGAGCCGGAGAGCCCUCACGUCUCCCACGUUCUUCCAGUGGGCCUCUCUGGUGAAUGAAAAGGGCCGAGGAGGAGCAGAAGUGCAAGAGAAGAAGCAGCAACAAUCCUCGGAUGAGGAACUUGGUUUAAAGAAAGCCAUCAAGAAGCUGGACCGGAAAGUCAAAACACUCUAUGAACGGGUUCCAGAGAAUACACUUUGCCUUGUUCUGUUACCAGGCACCAACAGGUGGGGGAAAAAAAUUACUUCCUUCUCUUUUCUUUUUCCACAAAAAAAUCCUUAUUUCACCUUGGAUUGUCAGUCUGGGAUCUCUUCUUUCUUGGAGUGAUGCUUAGAGAACCAAUGUGUCAGCACUUCAAGCUGCAUUUACUCUAGUGCUGACAUAAGAAGGAGAAGCGGAGGCGUCUGGAAAGGGACGUUUGACUUUUCACCUCCUUAUUUUCCCUGGAGAUAAUAUCCCCUAGGAGAUGGGAUGGGAGGGGGGAAAUUCCUUUGAGCUGGAGCAGUAGAUUAGGGGUAGAGUGACUUGGAAGAUGGCCAAUGAGUGCAGAGGAGUGGGGAACGGAAAGGGAGGGUUUUGGGUCUGGAAGUCAGUGUUGGCUGCGAUGGAGUUGGAAUUAGAAUGUCGUGCUUAAUAAAUGGAAGUUUUUCAUCAAA